AUGGAAGUCAGUGAGGACAUUGCCAACAAGAAAGUCCCUGUACGGUGCCAGCGGAUUGGAUGCGAUGCCAUGUUCACUGAUGAUAACAAUCCUGAGGGUUCUUGUCAAUAUCACCCAUCUGUAACUUACCUCUACUCCUCGCUUCAUUUUUUUUUUUUUUUCUGUCCUCUAUUCUGGAAUCGUAUUAGUUUUUUUAAUCUCCGUUGAUCAUGCAUUUGUUUCCGCAUUCAUGAGAAGUACAAUGUGAUUUUACUAUUUUUCCAAGUUUGUGUUGAGGAAAGACCUGAGUCUGCUUGCUGCUUCUCAUUUUUCCCUGUAUUUAAACUUUGAGAAAGGGGUGUGAAGAAAGGCAUCGCUGUGCUUCCCUUGUAUAGGUCAAUGUUUAUCCGUUAACGGCCCCUGAUAUUUAAAAAUAUUUCACUAAGGUAGUAUCUGAUGAUUGGGAACAUAAAAUAAAUCUUUCUUAAAAAAAAAUGUUGUCGGCCAUCUUCCAUGGUAUAUCUUAUAUUAAGAUUUCUUGUCCUCUGCAAAAAACUAAGACAUAGCCAUCAAUAAAGAAAAUUUAGAACGUUUACGAAAUAACUGUUGUAUUUUCGCCCACUGGACGACUAAAUCACCUUCCAAAUUUUACCAAUACCUGUGUUCUUUCCUUCACCUGCUCUGUUCCUAAUUUGUGUGAGAUCUUAUAUUCUGAGCUGCUUCUUGUGGAUACAUUGGUGGGACUUUUGAAAUUUCAAGUUAUCUGAUGAAUCCGUUUGAAGCUCAGUAUUUUCGGACAUGACGGAAAGAAGGACGCUUCAUAUUCAAUUCAUGAGCCCCGUCACCAUUUAGGUAUGGUGAGAGGAGUGGAGGGGGGAGGGGAUACCGAAUACGAGCCUGUUGGGCCCAGAAUAUAAUUUAUUCAUUGACAUUUUAUAAGAUUAAACAUGGACUCAUUGGACGCAUAUUCUAACACGCAUAUUUAAACUGAUGCUAUCAAUUUUACUUUGCAUCUCGCUACAUAACAUUUAGAAGCAUCUACCAUGUGCUGAACCAAGUCUGUUGUUAGAAAUGGGGAUCAGAAUCAAAGGUAGUAGUUGGGCUUCAGGCGCAUGCCCAACUGAUGGAAGAAGGGCUGAGAAGCUGCUCGAGUUGUGUUGAUGGGGCAAAAGAGCCUUGAUGAAGUGCCAUAUGUCGUAAACAUGCACUUAUUUCCAACAACAGUGCAUUGAUUCUGCCACAAGGAAGAUGUUGUCGUCCGACUAAUGAGAUGGAGACAAUUGGCUGGGAAGUACUUAAAGUCAGUAACAUGCGCUUCUGUAUUUUUUGGCACUUUUACACAUGUAGUUGAUUUAGCAUUUAGUCCAGCAGGUCGCCCAUUGGACUGUAAGAAAAUCUAAAAGUAGAGUGAUUGACUGGUGGGAAGCAAGUAGAAGACGUGUCUAAUAUGUUGACAGAGUUGGUUAAAAGAAGAUGCCAUAACGAUAGAUACCAGAGGUAUAGCUGGAGCGGAAGAUCCUGGAACUAAGGUUACUGUCUCUAUAUUCGAAUAGAUUCACUAACAAGAAGAAAACUUUUCGGCUUUCAAGUCUUCCUCGGCAUUUUGGAAAGUCCUUCAUCGCAGUAGUUUUCAUGCCUUCAGUCAGAUGCCCUUUUUAAAGAAGGGUUGUGGAGAGUCACCAUUAUAGGCUAUCUUAGUAUGAGAAAAGUAGGACAGUAGAAGGCCACUGAAUAGCAGCAAGACAGCGAAGUCAGUUCAUUGAGACUUUUUGGAAACCCACAUUAUUGAUCUCCACAUCAGUAUUGGUCAAUAGUGAAUACAGGCUGUUUUUGGUCAAUUUCGAGUGCCAUAUUUCUCUCAUGCUAGGAACCAUGAGGAGCCUUUAUGACAAAGGCUCAGUACCACCUACUCCUUUGAGACCUUGUCUUCCUUUGAUAGAUCCAUGAUAUGUGAAAAUUUCCUGCAUAGUAUUUAUAGCUAUAUAUCAGAAAUUUCCAUAUAUGUGUCUGCUUCAGAAAUUUCCUUUUAUUGUCAUAAAUUUUUGCUUCAUACACUCGUACUAAUUUUUGAAUCUUUUUAUACAUGUCAUUGUGGUCGCCAUUCUGAUUGGCUUCUACAUAAACUUCAGCCGGUAAGUUGAACGGCAUUUAUUCAUUGUGCAAUGAGAAAUCCUUGUGUAUGCUUAUAUGCUCCCAAAACAACCUCUCCAGCCCUUUUUUCAUGACGGUAUGAAAGAAUGGAGGUGCUGCAAGCAAAGAAGUCAUGAUUUCAGCUUAUUUUUGGCAAUCCCUGGGUGAGAUAUUUCUUCCUUGCACUACUGAAUUUGACUUGUAUCCACAUCUUGACAUUGCUUUCAUAAUGUCAGUGAUCGAAUGCUGUUAUGGUUCCCUGAUACUUACUGUAGUUGUUUGUCAAAAGUACUAUCUGGUAAUCCAUACCAUAUCAGUAAAUUCAAGAAUAUUUUAAAAUGUGCCCUCAAGAAGUAGGGAAGAAACUGAACCCAAAAGAUGCUCCAAGCAAAACCAACAGCAUAUCAGAUCAUGUAUAAAUGAUCUCUGUAGCGGACACUUCUUAAUGCAAGUUAGCAAAUGGGUUUUUUGCUUUCUAGUAGAUUGUAACGUGUUCUUCAAAACAUGCUAGAACAGGUUGCUGAUGUAUGAUCUAUUAAUCCUAUCUAAGAUAUGCCAAUCCUCUCUUGAUCUCUUUCUCCUCUGGUGAUUGGUCUGAUGGAAUCCUGAGGGACUCCACCGAGAAUCUAGAUGGUUUCUCAACAAAAGAGGUGGCGAGGGAUGAGGGAGGAGAGAAGGGGAUCCAAGAGAGAAGAAUAGUCCAAGGCAAGGGCCGGCGGAGCUCUGCAACGUUGCUGGCAAGAGAGGCCUGGAUAGAAAGAGAAGAAGGGGUCAAUGAAUCCCUUAUGGGGAAGGUAACAUAGAGGGGUUACAUACCAAUUCCUGCCUGCACAAUCACCUCCUAAUUUUGGUAUUUAUACCAGAAUUGGGUAGCCCCUCAAUGGGCCUCUCAUUGUUGGGCUGGUGCCUGGGCUCACCGGUUGGUCCUGCGCCGGACAUACCACUCCUUUGGUCUGUCAUCAUGGUCCCACUGGCCCAGACCAACUCUUGUUAACAGUCUGAGGUUGUGUGACUUACUCGCCUUGAGUAUCUCUGAAAGGAUGUAGGAACGAAGCUCUUUCUAUUUUGUGGCCGUGCCAUGAAGUGAAAUAGUGCUCCGAAGAGGAAGGUUUGGAUCCUUCAAUCGGAAUGGAUAAACUUCUGGAAGCGUGUUGAGAAAAGGGCGUAGCAGAUGGUGCGACGGUGCUUUACCCAUGGACGCUUCUCCAGCUCUCGCGAGAAUUGUAUGGGAGUCGUCCUCGAUUCUGAAUUGUAACCAAGCAUCCCCAUGGUUUCUAACUGGGUGGAGCCCAGUGUUAGCCAUAUGAUUCAGAUGUGCUGUGAGAGAAUUAUAUAUACUGUGGCCGCGGGAAGCCAUGGAAGCUAUGUUAUUUCCUGGGUUAACAAUGGAGGGUUAAUCUUCUCUGUGGAUUACAUCCACUAUUAACAUAACUUUUUCAAGAAAUCAUGACGAUUCAAAGGCUACAGAAUGUGAGAUAUAACAUGGCGAUUCUUUCAUCUUUUUUCAAUAUUAAUUGUUAAGUGGUACUGAUUAUGAUGACCUAAUUAUGCACAGAGUUUAUUUUCUUCUGCUAUGAUGAUGUUUAUUCCCUAAUGGUCUGGUUUUUCCUGAAAUAGACAAAUCCCAUCCCUUAAAAAACUGGGGGAUCCUGGCAUCAAGGCUUGGACCAUCCAGCCCCCUGGCAGGUCUGAACCUGCUUUCUAUUUCCAGGCUUUAACUUCAUGCCAUAGCCCAGAGAAACCGGAUCAGGCCAGCUUUACCUGGUCCUUUGAAAUCCCCAAGAACCAUCUGUGGACAUUGAUUUUUGGUCACAUCUGACAUGGCUAACUUUGGUGUAUAUUUUGCUCAUAUUUUCUUGCAUUGAUGCAGAUGUAAGACUGGAAAACACACCGCCGAGAAGCCAGUCACCAAGGUUACCCCAACCCUCCAAAGGGUAGCUCCCACCAACGCUUUGAACACAGAGAGAAAUCCCACCGACAACAAAGAUGCUGCCAUCACCUGUUCUCGGUGCCGUCAGGGCUUCUUCUGCUCUGACCACGGUACUUUACCUACUUACUAUUACGAGGAUAGAAGAGUUACAAACACUGUGUCUUCAGCUCUAAACUCCAUAGCCGGUGAUGCUUCCUCAGGCUCCCAAGCCCAGCCUUCAAAGCCUGCAACACUGGCGGCCACCCUGGAAAAAACCAACUCCCCUCUCACGAGAAGGAAGAUUGACCUGAAUGAGCCAAAGACAUGCAGGAACAGGGGGUGUGGGAAGUCCUUCAAGGAAAAAGACAACCAUGACACUGCCUGUGACUACCAUCCUGGGCCUCCCGUGUUCCAUGACAGAAAGAGAGGGGUAAGCCCACAGCAGGCCCUCACCACUGGUCUUUACGUCUAUUCACAUAUACUUUUGUGCUUAACAUUGGUGUUUAUUUCACGUCUUUAUAUGAAAACUAGGCACAUAUAUGUGCAUAUGAAUUCUAUCAGCUAAGACAGUCAUUGUUCUGUGCAAACGUUCUUGCAGUGGAAAUGCUGUGAAGUCUAUGUAAACGAGUUCGAUGAGUUCAUGAGUAUAGCUCCAUGCACUAAGGGAUGGCACAAUGCGGAGGCUACAUGA